UCUGAUGUACAUCGGAGGGGGCUUUGUUUACAUGGUCUCCAUGGUGAUUGGGAGCAGUACGCAUCCACCACGCCAAGACGUACAGUCGUAGGCACGGUGGGCAGGGCACGCAAGUGUGUGCGCGCGCAGAUCCGGAAGCCGCAAUGGUCCCGAUGGAUGGCGGGUGAGAGACACCUGG